CCCAUCAAAACCUCCAUAACCAUAUCCAAAACCAGUGACAUAUAACACAUCUGGUGCAACAAAUGAAGAGCACUCAUCACAACAGCGAUCACCUGAAGGAACAAUGGCAGCCCAAGUGAGUCUCUCCGCUUCUUCCUCCUCCUCCUUCUUGAGCAAAAGAGUUCCAUUCCCUUGCAACCUGAAGCUCCAUCGCUCUCUUCGCCAUUCUCUCUCUGCUCCACCUUCAACUGGGCCACGGAGUUUCAAGAUUCAUGCCAAAUUGGGGGGAGAAGAUGGUGAGCUCAAGAAAGGUGGGGGGAAGAAGAAGUUCAUCACCAGAGAAGAAGAGCCAGAGCAGUACUGGCAAACUGCAGGAGAAAGGAAAGGGGAGAACCCGAUGAAGACACCCAUCCCGUACAUAAUUAUUUUCGGGAUGUCGACUCCUUUUGUGAUCUUAGCCAUUGCUUUCGCCAAUGGAUGGAUCAAGGUUCCUGUUCGAUGAGCGUCUCGCUUUGUAGCGGUAUUGCUUGAAUAUUCUGACCCACAGUUUUUCUCCGGCUUCUAAGAGAGACACCUCGUUGUAUUAAACUGCUUGAUCUUCGGGUUCUUUUUCUUGUCACCAACAUUUUACUUGAUACAAUUUUGUUUUCGUAAUCAAUGGAAUGCAUCGUAUCUAAUAGCUUUGUUUGCCGGUUUUUGAAA